GUUCACUUCCUUUAGGGACUGAAAACCAAUUGAGGAGAUGGUGCCUGGGAAGAUGGGGAUCUUGGUGGAGCAAAGGAAAUAGUCACAUAGUCACUAUCCAGUGUCCCUGCUGGAAACAGAGGGUGUGUGACAGUCUCAUGAGGGACAGAAAGGACUUGGAUAUGGUCCCGUCCCAUACAGGCAAAUUGGAACUCACUGUGAAACAGCCUCAAUCUGAGGAGUCAGCCCCUUCAGGAAGGGAGAAGUGGGAGUUGGAAGAAGUCACAUUUCCUUUUCCUGUUUCACAGAAGGAUUGCACCGUAAUACACCAGAAAAUACAAAGAGGAUAGACACUGCAGAUAGAUCCUGACCAUCACCCAGGGAACAACUGUACAACUGUGGGGAGGCAUCCAGUCCCUUCACAGCAUUGCUCAACACAGAGAAGGUUGGGCAGUGAAAACACCAUCUGGAAAUCAGUCGGGUCAGGGGACCUUUGACAUAUCAUCAGAUCUGAAACUGGUCAGUGGCGUGGAGCCUUCCAUCAGAAUCAGCCUUUCUGAAGGUUCGGCUGUAGGUGAUUGGUCAGGCUGAGGCUGGUAAGAAGUGUAAGUGGUUCCAGGUGUGGUGACAGCUUCAGUCAUUCAUCAAGUCGCAUGACCCACUGACUCAUUCCCACAGAUGAGAGACUGUUUGAGUGUGAGGUGUGUGAGGAGGACUCCACAGGCUCCUGUAAACUUCGAACACCCAAGGUUAUGUGUUGUACAGCAACAUGGAAGAGAAACCCUUUAAGUGUGAAGUUUGUGCCAAAGCCUUUGCCCAGUCGUCAACCCUUCUGAUGCAUCACCGCAUUCACACAGGGGAGAAACCAUUCCUUUGUGAAGUGUGCAACAAAUCAUUCUCGCAGUCUUCGCAUCUCCGCUCACACCAACGCGUCCACACGGGGGAGAAACCAUACAAUUGUGAGGUAUGCAACAAGUAUUUCUCACAAUCAUCACAUCUUCGCUCACACCAACGCAUUCACACCGGGGAGAAGCCAUUCACGUGUGAGGUGUGCAACAAAUCAUUCUCAUUGUCAUGGGCUCUUCUCGAACACCAACCUAUUCACACUGGGGAGAAACCCUUCACAUGUGAGGUGUGUGAGAAAUCGUUCUCACAGUCAUCCGGCCUUCGUGCACACCAGCGCAUUCACACUGGGCUGAAACCAUUCACGUGUGAGGUAUGUGACAAAUCGUUCACACGGUUAUCGUACCUCCGUGUACACCAGCGCAUGCACACGGGGCAGAAACUUUUCAAAUGUGAGGUGUGUGACAAAGCCUUCACACGUUCCUCAGGCUUAAUGGCCCAUCAGAGGCUUCACACAGGGGAGAAACCCUUUAAAUGUGAGGUGUGUGAUGAAGCUUUUCCAAUAUCAGCAAGGCUGCUGAGACACCAGAGGAUUCACACAGGGGAGAAACCCUUCAGAUGUGAGGUAUGUGGGGCUGCAUUCUACCGAUCCUCUAAUCUGCUCACACAUCAGAAAAUUCACACAGGAGAGAAGCCAUUCACAUGUGAGGUGUGUGGUAAAUCUUUUUCAAGGUCAUCUUACCUCCUGGUCCAUCAGAGGAUCCACACAGGGAAGUAAACCUUUCAGUGUGAAGACUCCUUGGCAUCAUUAUUUUCGUGGCAUCAUUGACCUCCGAAGGAUUUACAUGAGUGCAAUUUUGUGGACUCAUGGUUGAGUCUUGUGAUUUCAUGGUACUGGCUGUAUGUUCAUCACUGAUUGAACAAGUCAAUGGUCUGUCUAUCAGCAUCAGACCCCAUAUGGAUGGAGUGAUACAGACAGCACUUAGAACUUUGACUUGGAUUUUGAGCUAACACAGACAUGGUCUUUAUUACCAAGUUAAAGGCAAGGAAAGUAUUGAGAACAACAUCAGGAAUUGUUCAUUACGUUUCUCAAUGUGACCAAAGUGAAUCACAAGGUUCUGUAGAUGGUGCUCCAAUAAUUUUGAUCUCAGAGAAACUUCAUUCCAAUUCUGCAAGAGCUUCAUGAUGGAAGGAUAUAACUGUAAGAGUGGGAGAUCUGAGGCCAUAUGUUAGUGACCAUUCCAUAUCUGACAGUGACUAUUCACCCAUCAAAGAUCACCUGCCCUGUGCUGUCUGUAUGAAAUGCAGUCUUGGUGUAAAACUCAUUUACCUUAAUCUUCUCAUGCCAAACCAAACUUUAACAUCAUUGAUGCACAUGAUCUACAAUUUGAAGGUAACUACAGUGUUGUUAUGAACUAUGCAACAGAUUUGUAAUCCAUUCUCAAUAUCUCCAAUUCUUCCGAUACCAGGUUAUCGUCCAACAGGUUUAAUGGGUUUAACCGAAGUAACAAGUAAUCCGAAGCUGUAAAAUCUGUUAAAGGUCGAGAGAUCAUAACAAGUUAUCAAUACAAGUACCCGUGAACAUGGCAUCAAACGUGAUCUUGGGUUCGUGUCGUGCUACAUGUUACCCUACCACACUACUCUAUCUGUAAAAUCCUCCUUACUGCCCUGACACCAUCACCUUGAAAACUUGUUAUGAUCUCUCUAUCUUUAAUAGUUUAUACAGUUUUGGAUUAUUUAUUACUUUGGUUAGAUCCUCAGCAUAUGACUCAUAGACCUAUCAUCUUAUUCCAGUCAUAUGGUUUGUCUGCAGCACCAUCUUAUUUUUAAUUUUUUGUAAUUAUCUCUCUGGCUCAAUUAAUUGAACUAUAGGUCAUCCCUUCACUUGUUAUUCCAUUGUUUACACUUUACUCACACUGUCUGACACUUUUGAUUAUUCAGCCUGUCAACAAUCCACUCACACCAUUUGUAUGAUCUUUUGAUAAAUUCUGUGCCCGUGCUUCUCUUUACUUCACCUGAAGAAGGGGCAGUUCUCAGAAAGCUUGUGAUUUCAAAUAAACCUGUUGGACUAUGAUCUGGUGUCAUGUAACUUAUGACCUUGUCCACCCUAGUCCAACACCGGCACAUCCACAUCUUCAAUUUUUGCAACUGUAUAAAUUAUACAACUAAUGUUCAGUGUCAUUCCCGACCAUCGGAAUUGGGAGCCAGACGAAAAAAUAGGGAUUUCAAAGGAACUAUGCUCUGCAGUAUUCUGAGAGAGUUGUGUCUGGUGUGUGUGUGUGUGUCUGUCUGGUGUGUGUGUGUGUGUGUGUCUGGUGUGUGUCUGGUGUGUGUGUGUGUGUGUGUGUGUAUGCGCGCACACGCGCUUGGUAUGUGAAUUAUGGAAGGAGUGGGAAUGACUCCUCACAGACCUGAGUUCCAUCAGUCCUUCAACCUUGAUAAUAUGUUCACAUUACACUCUUCCAAGAUUCAUUUUAUGUUCUGGGAAAGAUCUUGACUUACUUUCAAAUGCUUUUGUUAUUUUCAUUGAUUCAGUGUUAUGGUAUAAGCGAGUAUUGUGUUGCUUGUUGUUUCAUUUUAAAUCUU